AUGACUUUUGCUGCUACUGUGGCCAGCGACUCUGCUGCUGCUGAGCGUGUCGUCGUCAAGAUAGAGGAGGCGAAGGCACCAGCUACUUGGGUCGUCGCAACUGCUGCUCCGCGCCACGCGACGGGGAACCGCGACCUGCUCUCCUGCUUCACGCACCUGCAGGAUUCCGGCCUCUUCGUGCACGCAGCCGACGGGACGCCCAUGCCGGUCCUCGGCUGCGGCGACGUCGUCACCGCCGCCGUGGUUCUCCCCGACGUGUGGUACGUCCCCGGGCUCACGGCCAACCUUGUUUCCGUCAGCCAGCUCUCGGAGCUCGACUACAGCGUCGGGUUCGGCCGCACCGAGUGCUUCAUCAGGAGCCCCGCCGACGGUGGGCUUGUCGGCUCCGCUCGCGUCGGGGAAGGAGGGCUGUUUGAGGUGGACUUCCUCAGAGUUCAUCAAUUGGGCAUGUGAUCAUGGCUUCUUCGCCGCCUUCUCGGAAUGUAUUUAUUUGGAAUAAAAGCAUGUAUUUGCUACUGCUUCGGAGGCUCCCGAUCCAACUCUGAAUGGCGUCCUCGAACGAUUCAGUUUGGGCUUUGCACGGGUUCUGCUGGUUACUGUGCCCAUUAGCUGCCCUGACCGAUCGAUCACAACAAGAGACCAUGCUUGACGAUGACAUGUUUACCGACCGAGAUACAAGUAUGAACUCGUGUG